AUGUUUGUGACAGGUGAGUCCCUGACCUGUGAAACCUGCAGAGUGGGGGUCGCAGGUAAAUGUAUGUUCGGCUCCACGGAAACCUGCAGUGACUCUGAGCCCAACUGCUACUGCGGAAACCUGGCUUCUCCCGUUCCAGCCUUCAACGUCAGCAGUCUGAUGACGCUGCAGACUCGAGGCUGCCUGGCCUCGUCCCUCUGCAACCAGACUGAAGUGGGAGCUCUCCUGACCGUCGAAUACACUGUCACCAAGAGAUGCUGCAGCACCGACCUCUGUAACGGAGCCUCGUCCGUCCAGCUCCCUCUCACUGCGGCUUUGGCCGCCGCCCUAAUGGUUGUUUGGAGCAACUGCUGCCUUUAA